AUGUUUGAUUUAUUUGACAACAACAACGGUCGACGAGGUUGUACAACCUCUCCGGCCAAGAGGAUUCCCUCCUGGUCGGCAAGGUUGUACAGCCUCGCUGGCCAGGAGCAUUCCCUCCUGGUCGACGAGGUUUUACAGCCUCGCUGGCCAGAAGCAUUCCCUCCUGGUCGACGAGGUUGUACAGCCUCUCCGGCCAGGAGCAUUCCCUCCUGGUCGGCGAGGUUGUACAGCCUUGCCGGCCAGGAGCAUUCCCUCCUGGUUGGCGAGGUUGUACAGCCUCGCCGGCCAGGAGCAUUCCCUCCUGGCUAUCCCAUAGGACCCAUGCCUGGGUCCUAUGGGAUAGCCCUGGUCCUUGUAAGGGCUACGUUCUAG